AUGGAGCAGCGGGCCUCCCCGUAUAAGAGCUUUGAACAUAGAAGCUUCUAUGUCCCCAGUGCACUGGUGCCAACGAAGAAAUCCCUGCGUUUUGGGCCACCAUCGCCGGACAAGUGGCGACUAGGUCUGACUUCCGCUGCCGAGGACACGGCAAGGGAUCUUAUUCCUCUUGCUGCUGCUGACGAUGCUGAAGAAAGGACUGAAACAGACCCAAACAUCGCCGACGCUGUCCUGGGCAUGUCGAAGGCGGUCGAUAAUCUCUCGGUCCGGGAGGAGGAAGCACUGAAGGACACCGGGGUUGAUGACAACGACAUUGCUCGUCUGACUCUGGGACGGACUGGAGAAGAAGAGAAGACUGCAAGUGUACAGGAGAAGAACCCGACCGUGGAGAAACCUGUGGAUGGGCUGCUUCUGGAGAGGCAGCUAAGGGAGAAGCUGCUGAGGAAGAGAAAAGAACGUGCAGCUACACGUGCAGCUGGUGCCUUUCUGCAAGCGAAGGUAUCAAUCCUGGGAAAGAAGAGGGAGGGGGCUGAAAUUGGGAUGCAAUCACCGCAGCAGGAGGACGCUAAAGGGACGGAGAGCCAGGCUCUGGACAUUCCGCCUCCACAGGAGAACUCACGUGCUGUGAAAAAGACCAAGAUCACUGGAGAAGAAGAGGGAGGGCAGGAUAAAGAGAAAGUCCGCGGCUGCCUCCGUAAUCGUUUAGGUCUGUCGGGUUUUGCUGGUGUUGACAGUGUAGAGGCAACUCAGUGGAGAUUGUCAUGCAUCUAUGGCGAGCCAUGUACUGAGAACAGAGCGCAGGUCUGGGCAGAACUCUGCAAUAUGCACGGGCAAUCCAAUGUACCUUGGCUUGUCAUCGGUGAUUUCAAUGAGGCUCUUUCGCAGUGUGAACAUUUGUCAGUGAGCCUGCGACCUGAGGCUCAAAUGCGGGCGUUCAGAGAAACCCUCUAUAACUGUGGUUUGUUGGAUCUGGGCUACUCAGGUGUCCCCUACACCUAUAAUAACGGGAGAUCUGGCUCUAGAAAUGUUCAAGUUGGAUUGGACUGGGCUGUGGUUGACGAUGAAUGGAGUUGUAUGUUUGGCCAGGCAAAGAUUGAACACUUGACUUCUCCUUGUUCGGAUCAUAACCCGGUCCUUCUCUGUCUUCUGGAAGAUAUUCCUGGUGGGCCUAGGAUGAUAAAUCGACAGUAUGAACUAUUUUGGGAGAGAGCUGUGGAACUACUUGAGCUUGUCGCUGAAGCCUGGAAUGCUGCGCAAACGCAGGGUGACCUUGGGGCGAUCAUCACUGCCCUGGAAGGUGUCAUGCGUAAGCUGCAGGGGUGGAGCAAGGGGAAGUUCGGCAACAUUCUAAAAGUGCUGGAGACGGAAAGGAGUAAACUCAACCAACUGUGUGUGGACAAUGCAGACGCGAGGGAGAUUAGGAGGGUCAACGAUCGUAUUAAUGAACUGUUGUAUCAGGAAGAACUUCUUUGGAUGCAGCGUUCUCGUAUCGAUUGGAUUAAGGCCGGAGACCGCAAUACCAAGUUCUUCCAUCAGAAGGCGGUCUGGAGGGUGAAGAAAAAUAAAAUUGUGAGAUUAUGUGAUGCUAAUGAUAGUUGGGUCAAGGAUGCGCCCGCGCUUGAGAAGAUAACCAUUGAAUAUUUCCAGAACAUAUUUUCCAAGGAUGUGAAUCUGAGCCCGCACCCCAUCGUUGACAUUUUGGAGGAAAAAAUUUCAGAUGAGAUGAACAAUCAGCUUUGCCGGGAGUUUACGAGAGAGGAGAUUUUGGAUGCGUUGUUUCAAAUUGGACUGCUUAAAGCACCGGGCCUGGACGGCUUUCCAGCCCGUUUCUAUCAAAGGAAUUGGGUAGUGCUUAGGGAGGAUGUGAUCCAAGCUGUACUGGGUUUUUUCCGUUCGGGCCAUAUGACGGCGGGAGUGAACAACACUUCCAUAGUGUUAAUCCCAAAGGUGGCCCAGGCCAAAACGCUUAAGGAUUUCUGGCCCAUUUCGCUAUGCUCCGUGCUCUGUAAAAUAGUUGCAAAAUGUCUGGUGAACAGGAUGCGCCCCCUUCUGGAUGAGAUUGUUUCUGAAAACCAGAGCGCCUUUGUGCCUGGGAGACUUAUAACGGACAACGCCCUGGUCGCUUUUGCGUGCUUUCACUAUAUUGGGCAUAAUAAUAGUCCGACAAAUCAGUUCUGUGCGUAUAAGUUGGAUCUCUCAAAAGCUUAUGACAGGGUUGACUGGGAUUUUCUUCGUCUUACUCUUGAAAAGCUAGGCUUCGCUAAGCAGUGGGUGGAGUGGAUUAUGGUGUGCGUCACAACAGUGAAUUAUUCAGUUAAGUUUAAUGGUAAAUUGCUGGAAUCUUUCGCGCCUACUCGUGGUCUCAGACAAGGGGACCCGCUGUCGCCAUUCUUGUUCUUGUUCGUGGUCGAUGGCCUGUCAGCCUUGUUAAAGAGGGAGUCGGCGCUGAACAACAUUAGUCCCCUGAAAGUCUGUAGGCGCGCUCCUGGAGUUUCACACCUGCUUUUCACCGAUGAUACCCUUCUCUUCUUCAAGGCAGAGGAAGGCCAAGCGAGGAGAGUACAGCAAGUCCUGAACAGCUAUGCUUGCGGUACUGGGCAACUUAAUAAUGUUUCGAAGUGCUCCUUGUUGUUCGGCAAAGGGUGUGAUGAGGGCACAAUCCAGGAGAUUAAAACCAUUCUUUAG